UUUUCCUUGUUCUGGCCACUGAUUGGUCGAUUUUCCGUCAUGCGCGGUUUCAGCGGGAAUUCAAAAUGGCGUCUACUCCACAUCUUGGCAGUCACGUCUUGGUACAUCGGCAGCUUCAAGACUUGGUUGUAGUUCAGCAAGAUCAGCUAGACAAACUCAGACAUGAGUUAAGAGCAAAAGAGGGAUGGGUGGAUAAAGAAGAGUUUGAAGCCUUGCAGAGGGAGUUACAGCUGGAGAGAGAGGAGCACAUAAAGACAAAGGCAAAGCUGGCAUCUGAAUCAGAGAAGCUGCAGUUUGCACUGGGAGAGAUAGAUGUCCUCAGCAAGCAGCUUGAAAGGGAGAAGGCUGCUUUUGAAAAUGCGUUGGGCCUGAUGAAAAAUAAAGCACAAAGAGAAUCACAACAGGCCAGCCAGUUGAAGGACAAGUGUUCAGGUGAGCAGUUACCAGGUACAGAGGUAGUGGCACAGUGUGAGCUACAAGAAGACAUCCUGAAUGUGAAAGACCUACGGAUCAACGACCUCAAACAGAGACUCACCAAACAGAAACAGGCACACAAGGCUCAGAUGAAGGACCUAGAGAUACAGCAACAACAAGAUGCCUACAUCUCCAGACUACUGGAGGAUUCUGGGCAGGGGAGGAGGAGAGCUGGGAAAACUGGAAAGAAGGGACUUACAAAAAUAGACUUUGAUGACGAACUUUAGAUCAAGGUCAAUGGAAUUUGAUAAUACAUGUAUAUACGAGCAAUCACUGUUGUUGUUUACAUCCGGUAUGUAAAUCAAUCUUUACCAAAUACCUAUAUUUUGCCUACCACUGCGUCACUGCGACAUCAUCGCGAUCGCUCAUAUAGAUUGAGGCCUGAAAACCAGACAUGAUUGAUUGGGUUCAUGCUGAUGGUAAUGCCAUGAUUUUUAGAUUAUUAUUUUUUGUCAACAUCCAAACUCCAAUUGUUGAUCUGUCUUGGUAUUUGUCUAACAAGGUGUGUGGGGGGAGAUAGAGAUGUGCAAAAUUUCUCCCGAAAGGUCCGAAGUAUUCGCCCGAUAGCUUAGCAGGGGUCCCUGACAACUUCUGCACGCGUGUAGAUGCGUCCCGACUUCGGGAGGGCUCAUUAGCAUAUAACGUGGGCUCAUUAGGCUAUAUAGCUGCAGCAGUUACUACUACUGUACUGUACAGUGGUACUACUCUGCUUAACUCAGUGUGUCAAGGACAAGUUGUGUUGCUCUCAAACGGACUCAGGACUCCUUGCAUGAUGCAAGAUCGAGUGGCGGAGCGACUCGCCACCUGCGCCAUGAUGAGGGCAGCGAAGACGAAAGCAGGGUCGAUAGUUGACAUAGUUGGCCAGUGUUGUCAUUCCUGAUAUUCUCAUGUUUAAAAACAUGUUAGUGAGAUGCAGAGAGAACAUAAUCUGAAAAGUCAUAAGCUGACCGUUCUGCCGCCAUUUUGAAAAUCGCACGAUGUGUUUAAUGACUGCAAUCCAAGUACCAUGGGUGUCCCACCCCCUACGGUCUAGAUCCCUCCCAACAUCUCCGCAGAUGUCGGGAAAAACUGUGUCUAGAUUGGGCCUUACAACAGAUGUGACAGAUAUUUUAUAUUUCACAAUAGGGUGAGCACAAGUUGCACAAGUCUUUAAAAUCAAUUUUAAACAAUGAAAGGAAAGGGCCUUACAACAGAUGUGACAGAUAUUUCAUAUUUCACAAUAGGCUGAGCACAAGUUGCACAAGUCUUUUAUAUAUAUCUACAAAAUCAAUUUUAUACAAUGAAAGGAAAAGUAAUGCUCACUUACAAAGUAAUGCUGUUGGAAUAGAAAUGUACAGAAUCCUUGUAUGUAUACUGUUUGGUUUCUCUAGAUUCUAAUUCGAAAUUGUUUGUCCAUAUAAGUACAUUAUCACAUGUUUCAAGCCUGCUUGCAAAAGACCCAAUCAGCAUUUUGAUUUUUGUUCAGAAAUUUUUUUUUUUUUUUUAAAUUGCCAAAAAAAAUUGCAAUUGGCGCCAAUAAGUGCAAUAAAUUCUGCACAAAGUAAGAUAAUAAGUUUCAAGGUCAGUUUCAAGAAAAAGUCCAAAUCAGCAUGUGCUGUUUUCAUUGUGGUCAUGAGGGGACAGACAAAAUGUAACAUGCAGAUUAUACCAUUUAGAUAUACAAACACAUAUCAUUUAACACUUAACGCUAGUUGACUUUUCCGCGGGGUAACCUAUAUCCAUUGUAUCUGUGUCUGUGACUUUGUGCCAAUGAAUGCCACAUUUGCAUUCUUACUGAGAAAAGACCAUAUCCAGAAAAUCGGUCAACAGCAAUCCACAUCAAAUACAUACUUGUCUGUAUCAAAGUUCAUGUGACCAUAUUCUACAUAAAGAAUGCUACACUGCCUGGGUUAUUUCCUAGUGUUAUGAUUAACUGGUACCUGGUCAUAAGUAGAAUUCAGAGUAAUUUUUGUUUUAAUUUCCUAUUUCUGAUGAAGGCUCGUAGCCCACAAAUAACAAUUUCUUUUACACCUGUUUUCCAUUUAUGAUCAGUUUAUGAAAACACUAGCUAGAAACCUAUAGUAAGCAGUGUAACUUUCUUGAUAUUAUGUGUGAUUUCUGUGUGAUUAUGUUAUAUAUAGUUGCAUGGGAGCUGACAAAUUACUUUGUCUUUGAUGUCAAUAAUUCUGAACAAGUUGCGAAAAUUGUUUCAUGCAAUGUUCACAGUAAUUGACUUGACAUUGUAGAUGAUAUUUCCCUAAAGUACAAAUUAGCCUUGAAUGAAACAAGGUAAUUUUCUCAUGUGAAAAAUAAAUGUUGAAUAAUUUUGCAACAUGUUCUAUAUAUGUGUUGAUAAUAGGAGUAUGGUAUGUUUAUGUGUAUGCUGAUUUGGGGUGGGUACCGGUACCCUGAUAAUGCUGGUACAGCCCUGCUAAGUUGAGGUCCAGGAGGUCAGGUUCAGGUCUGGACCUAAACCUGGUCCUACUUUUCUCUGAAAUCUUGUGAAAGGGGAAUUCUCAAAACAAUGGUCCAUUUUGUU